AUGCCAAAAGUAAAGGAUCGCAAAGAGGAAUACGAUGGUGUCCUGCCUCUUGCCAGCGUAAAAUCUCAGGUGGGGCACAGGUCCUCAGUCACAACGAAACUCAAGAUUCUGUUCAGCGCUCUUGUUCUCGCCUUUGUCGUCUUACACCACUCAAGCCUCCCAUCGCUCAUAGAUGCUGUCUGCAGAUCAUGUCACCCAGGCAUAGAUACUCGAUGUGACGCCGCAAGCGCCUCGUCGAGCUCGCGGUGUAGCAACACACGGGGACACGCAGAGAGGCUUCUUUCAAGGCAUCCGCUGAUCGAUGGACAUGUUGACGUCCCGGUUGUCGCCCGGUACCGCUACGGCAACAAAAUUAACCGCAUUCCCUUCGAUCAGCCUGCGUUCCCCAAUGGCAGCUACCCAACUAGCGGUCAUGUCGAUAUCCCGCGUCUGAGGGCCGGAAAGAGUGGAGGCUUCUUCUGGUCUUCCUAUGUUGUUUGUCCAAACGAGACCACAGUCGGACACAACUUUGAGCACGGUGCGUCCGACAUUGCCGUCAGAGACACUCUGGAGCAGCUCGAUGUGAUCAAGCAGAUGACCGACAGGUACGCGAACGACUUUGGACUGGUAGGUAGCGUCAGUGCGGCGAGGAAAGCGUUUAGGAAUGGUCAGAUGAUCAGUUUUAUCGGCAUUGAAGGUGCACAUUCGCUUGGCAACUCGCUUUUUGCACUUCGUGCAUACGCGUCCAUGUUCACCAACUCAAUACCUGGACCGGUUCGGUAUUUGACACUCACGCAUACGUGUCACAAUGCGUUUGCGGACAGCGCUGGACAGCAACCAGCGCGCUGGAAAGGACUUAGCCCGUUGGCUCCGCACCUGAUUCACGAACUCAACCGUCUUGCGAUCGUUCCCGACCUAUCGCACGUCUCGGAUGAUACUGCUCUGCAGACCAUCCAUGUGACCAAAGGCCCCGUUAUGCUAUCUCAUUCUGCCGCUAGAGCCCUGAUGAACAUCGCGAGAAACGUCCCCGAUUCAGUGCUCAACAAGCUCGCGUCAUCGAACAAGGACUUUGUCGUCAUGGUCAAUGCCUAUCCCGGCUUCAUCGGUGGCGAAGCCGAUCUCGACCAGUACAUCAAUCAUAUCGACUAUGUAAGCGAUGCUGUUGGUAGAGAUCAUGUGGGCAUUGGUACCGACUUUGACGGCAUCAUGUCGGUGCCUAAGGGCUUAGAGGAUGUGAGCAAGUAUCCGGAUUUGGUAGCCAAGUUGGUGGAAAGAGGAUGGUCCGACCGCGAGCUGGUCGGAUUUGUGGGUGAAAACGUGUUGAGAGUGCUCGAGGACGCUGAAAGAGUGGCAAUAGAGAUGCGAAGGAGCGCAGAGCCGGACAACACAAGUUGGAAAGAUGUAUUCGGCCCCACUGCGCCUCAAGUACUUGAAUAA